UUCAGAGGCGCAACGCACACAAGCAAGGCGGCUAGUGGUGCAAGUACAGCCACCCAGUGCGAAGCUCGCUGGUGCAUGCGGCAAUGGCGGCUUCGCUUGGGCUAAACCCUGAAGCUCUCUUCAGCUCCUACUCGUCGUCCUACUCCUCGCCCUUCAUGUCCGGCUACGCGCCGCAGAGCUUCCCGGCGGCCAAUAACACCUUCGUCGACGACGCGGCGGUCUUCUCCUCAGAGCUCGAUGAUCUUUGCCAGCUUGAGUACUCGCCGGCAUCGCUCAUCGACGGCGCCGGAGCCGGGGCUGGGGGCGAUCGCAACGAGAAGUCGAUGUGGUGUGGGGGUCGAGAUGAGAAGAGACCUAGGAGCAGUGGAAGGAUUGGGUUCAGGACGAGAUCAGAGGUGGAGAUCCUGGACGACGGAUUCAAAUGGAGGAAGUACGGAAAGAAAGCUGUCAAGAACAGCCCCAAUCCACGGAACUACUACCGGUGCUCGUCGGAGGGCUGCGGCGUGAAGAAGCGCGUGGAGAGGGACCGCGACGACCCCCGCUACGUCAUCACCACCUACGACGGCGUCCACAACCACGCCAGCCCCGGCGCCGCCGCCAUCAUCCAGUACGGCGGGGGCGGCUUCUACAGCCCGCAGCACAGCGGCUCGCCGUCGGCCGCCUCCUACUCGGGCUCCUACCUCUUCUGACUUCCGAGCGGGUCAUUCUUCCCAGAACGUGCCUCGAUCAGCAGCGAGCACGUGUUGCUACAUCGAGACCGAGGAAUUCUGAGCCUUGACCCGGUGGUUCACCCCAAGUAGGAUGAGAAACGAUAGCGGCCGGCUAGAUUCCGAUCUGCUUGUGGAAUUUUACAGUUGUGCAGUAGCAGUAAUAAUUAAGCUAGAAGUACUUUAAUCACAUCAUCAAUUAGUUACCUCUUCUUAUGACGCAUCAAUCAUCACUAGGAUAACUGAUGACAGCAUGCUUGUUACUUGCCCUCUUUCUUUCUUCUGUUUUAGUUUCUUUUUUUUUGGCAGUCUGUUUUAGUUUCUUUAUGUACACGCUCUUUAAUCUAUACGCGGUUGCUAAAAGGCUGCUGAUUUAAUUAACCUCAGUUCUCAUUUCUCAACAA